CAUUUAUUUCUCAGAGAGCCUGAAUGCUUCCUUGGUACAUACUUGAUUAGCAGACUGACAAGCACAUUGAUAGGACCAGGGUACAAAUGUACAUAGUUCCUUUAAGACUCUAUCUAAACCAAUUUCUUUUGUAAUACUUUUGAAUGAACUGGAUCAAAAGCUCAUAGUUGGUCCUUGGAUCAUACUCUUCCUGCUUUUUUAAUUUUUAGCAUUGAUAAGCUUUGGAAACAUCUCUCUUAUUAGGAAGGAGCUAAUUGCUUCUGUGAAUUAGAUUUAGAAAAAAAAAAAAAAAAAAACUCACCUAGAUAUCGGAGAAUUAUCCAGUUGGCACUAUGUCCAAGUUCGUAGCUCCCGACAUUAAAAACUUCGUGGUGUGGGACUAUGUUGUUUUUGCUGCACUCUUUCUAAUUUCUUCUGGCAUUGGUAUCUUUUUUGCAAUUAAGGAGAGGAAAAAUGCAACUUCAAAGCAAUUUUUAGUAGGUGGUAAGCAGAUGACAUGCGGACCAGUGGCAUUGUCCCUUACAGCUAGUUUCAUGUCUGCAGUGACUGUUCUGGGAACACCAGCAGAGGUAUAUCGCUAUGGAGCGCCCUUCAUUAUUUUCUUUAUUUCAUAUACGUUUGUCAUCAUCUUUACUUCUGAACUUUUCCUACCCAUAUUCUACAGAUCUGGGAUUACAAGCACUUAUGAGUAUUUGGAGUUAAGAUUUAACAAGUCUGUUCGCUUUGCUGCAACACUGAUCUACAUAGUGCAGACGAUUCUUUAUACUGGAGUAGUGGUUUAUGCUCCAGCAUUGGCUCUUAACCAAGUGACAGGAUUUAAUCUUUGGGGCUCUGUAUUUGCAACGGGAAUUGUCUGCACUUUCUACUGCACUCUGGGAGGAUUAAAAGCUGUUGUCUGGACAGAUGCAUUUCAACUGGUUGUCAUGGUGGUUGGUUUCUUAACGGUUCUGAUUCAAGGAACUAUUCAGAAUGGAGGACCUAACAACAUCUGGGAGAAUGCCAACAAUGGAUCGCGCCUAGCAGUAUUUGACUUUGAUGUAGAUCCUUUAAGGCGACACACCUUUUGGACAAUCGCAAUUGGGGGAACCUUUACGUGGUUAGGAAUCUAUGGAGUUAAUCAGUCCACAAUACAGAGAUGCAUUUCCUGCAAAUCAGAAAAGCAAGCUAAACUUGCACUGUACCUUAAUUUAGUGGGACUCUGGGUAAUCCUAGUGUGUGCAGUCUUUUCAGGCUUGGUGAUGUAUGCCCAUUUUAAGAACUGCGAUCCUUGGACUGCUGGUUUCAUUUCAGCACCUGAUCAGCUGAUGCCUUAUUUUGUUAUGGACAUAUUUUCAACAAUGGCAGGACUCCCCGGACUCUUUGUUGCAUGCGCAUUCAGCGGAACCCUCAGCACUGUGGCUGCAAGCAUAAAUGCUCUAGCAACAGUAACAUUUGAGGAUUUUGUCAAGUACCGUUUUCCAAAUCUCUCUGAAAAAAUGAGCACCUGGGUCAGCAAAGGUUUAUGCAUAGUAUUUGGAGUGCUGUGUACUUCCAUGGCUGUGGCAGCAUCACUUCUGGGAGGAGUUGUCCAGGCUUCACUCAGCAUUCAUGGCAUGUGUGGGGGGCCCAUGCUAGGAUUAUUUACACUGGGAAUUGUGUUUCCUUGUGCUAAUUGGAAGGGUGCCGUAGGAGGCCUAUUGACUGGGAUCACCAUAGCAUUUUGGGUUGCUAUUGGAGCUUUUAUUUACCCAGCACAACCUUCAAAGGCCCGCCCUCUGCACUUAUCAACAGCCAACUGCAUUCUAGCUAAUAACACAGAGAUGAUAACUACAUUGGCUCCUACUCUCCCUCCAAUCAGGCCUCAACUGGCAGAUACCUGGUAUUCCUUGUCCUACCUUUACUACAGCGCUGUGGGCUGUUUAGGGUGCAUUAUUGCAGGCCUUCUGAUAAGCUUUUUAACAGGCCCUGAUAAAGGAAAAGAUUUGAAACCAGUGUUAAUAAGUCCUGUCUGCAACUUGUUUUGUUUUUGGUCUAAAAAAUACAAAACAUUAUGCUGGUGUGGCGUGCAGCACGACAGCACAACAAUUCCUGAGGACUCUGAAAACAAUCUGUAUAAAGAUGGUGCAAAGAAGGCAGUGACAGAUGAGCCCCUCCAGAAUGGUUUCAACAAAGAAACCCAGAGUCAUUUACCUGGUUAUAAUCAUCAUGAAAAAUCCUACACCAAUACGAGCAUAGAGACAGAAUCCUACUUCUAGCGGCUGCUGGGGAAAAAAUCCAACGUCUCAUGGAAAUCAAACUGCAUUGCUCCAGCUUUAGAAAACAAGGACUGUAUCUAGCCUGUCAGUUGUAUUUUACUAAGUCCUGGGUGACCAGAGCAGCAUAUGGUUGUCACUGCAGAGAGAGAGGUAAAAGCCAGAUUCAAUUUUAGUUAUGAAAUACAUAUUAAAACCAGGGCAUCCAUUCUUUAAAGACACUGUGAUGCUGGUGUAUCAGGAGAGAUGAAAAAACCGAAGCUUAUUAUGAAAAUUUCUAUUACAUGUUUAGCAAAAGAUGUGCAUUAAUGUUGGUGCUGUGGCCAAAUUCCAAUCUGAGCAAGUAUAGUCCAUCUGUCAACAAUUUAUUUUGGAAAAUCCAACGAUCCAGAGGCAUCCCUUCCUUUUAGUCCCAAACUAGGAUGUAGUGCUGCUGUUCACCUCACUUAUGGAUGAGGUGAUAUCUGUAUCUGCUGUUAUUUUCUCCCACAACCAUCUCUGUGCUUUCCCCCACAUCCCUCCUUAUGCAGUUAGACACAGAACAUCCUUCCUGGUUGGAAAAUCCUUUCCACAUUCAAAUCUCCCCUGAAGACCUGCUUCUACCAGAACACAUAUUGGCCUUGAGCUGGCCAACAACCUGGGACAUUUGAUUAUAGAACAAACAAUGAAUGUUAUCAAGCCAUAGCCAAUCACAACCAUUUUACUUGUAGGUCAGGCUUCUUUCUCAUACUCACUCUCUGGUCAUUUUCACUUUGUAAGGCGCUCUGAAGUGGAUUGGCCUGUGAAGUUGGUGGUGAGCGAGGCUGAAGGAAAUAUGAGGACUCACUCAACCAACAGAAAGAUGAUGAACAUUUUUUCCCUCAGAUAUAUGCCUUUUCUAAACUCUAAUGGCAGCAGUAUCCAUCAGAAUGCAUUGACAUAUGGAACAAUAAAAAGUUGGAUAUUUGGUACAGAGGACACCGCUCCUUUGCUGAAUGAGCUCCCACAUUAGCAGAGCCAUCAUUCUCCCCUCAUUGCUCCCCACUUCUUGGCAAGCUGGCUCCACGCUGUCCAAUAGCAUGUUGGUCCAGUUGGAAGGAUAAGUUCUGAGGAUUUGGUCCAGUUUGUCAUAGAAUGGACAUGUUUUCCCAGUCUGACCCAGACCUUAUUAUUGUCCUGGGCCUUGUUAUAAUGGCCUUAAGUCCCUCCUUAGAGAGAUGCCCAUCUCAGGUAGUCGCUCAGACACCCAGCCAUACAUCCAUCUAUUCUCAAUGCCUGAGUUCAACUGUGCCUGACUUGCCUCAUCUACCCAGGUGGCCAUCAGUGCCCACAUAUCAGCUUCAGAUCAGCUGGCAGCACAGUCAUUAGAACUGUGAAGACAUGCUAUCCAAAGAAAUUGAUUUCUGGGGAAAUAGCACGCAGUGUGCACAGUGGUACAUGCAAGGAUAAGUAGCUUCCAGAAACCAUGACCGCUGUGCAGUGCAGUUCAGAAAAUGGACCAGACAGACCAUCUAAUCAGUGACCUGUGCACUAUGGACUGGUAGUGGGGGAAUUAUUUGCACCAUAGAGACUAUUAUUCCAGUGUUACCCAUCCAUAUGGACACUGCAUUAUUGGAAUUUGGCACAGCAGAGAACCACAUGGUGGUUUGAAGCCAGUCUAAUCCAAAUGGCACUAUGAACAUGAGUGCAUUGUUGGGAGUAACUCUAUAUGUGGACAUGAGGUGUAUUGCAGGUGUGUCAGGGAACUAAGCGGCAGUUCGCAUGGCACAUUUCUGCAGUAUUGAUAAGGCCUUCAUUAGGAAAAAUAAAUGUUUGCUAGUUCUCCCAAUGAAUGAGUCCAUUUGCUUGACUAGGGAUCAGUUUGGCUAAGGACUGACAUACUGUUGGGACUGACAUUCUGAGUCAUGGGUAAAUUCACUUCAUUAUUUCUUUUGUGGUCCUCUUAGUGGCUCAACUCUGCUUGCUGGUGCCAGACUUCUUUCCUCCCUGCAUACAGAUCCCUUUCUGCUCUGCCCCUACACCUGACAUUCUUUCUACUUCUGUGGAACAUCCUUCCUCAGGUGGUUAGCAAGGCAAUGACUGUAUGUGGAAGUUUUAUUAAAAUAGCUGACAAAUUUAUGACAUAUAGGAGUGUAAGCUAAGCCACUAAUAACUGUUGUGCUUCAGGAUGUGAACUAAUUCCUUGCAGGGGUGAGUAACGAAAUCACUCUCAACACUUCACCAUAAAUAGUACUCUACAGCCUGAUGGUGCAUUAUGUAUUAUUUCAUCCACUGGCAGAAGCAGGAUAUUAGGCUAGAGGGCCAACGGUUGCAUUUCGUAUAGCACCUCCUGCCACAUGGUCAAUUGUUGCAUAGCGAUAGCUGUACUGUGAGGCAAUAAGAGCCAAUUUUAUAAUUUCUCAAGAUUUUUAGAAAUGUAUUCAUUGCAAUUUCCUCCUAUGCUAAGAGUCUUCUCAAAUUCUGUAU